AUGGAGGAUGUGACGAGUCUGCCUAGGGACGGUCAUCCGAAUGCGGCGCGACCAUUUGGGAUAGAGUCGAAGAAGAGCCAGGGCAAAGCCGCGGAUGCACAUAGGCGCAGGAGGUCGGAUGGAAUCCUGGAAGAAGUGCCAUUUGUGGGACUCUCGGCGAAAGAGGAUGGUUCAUCAAAACUGACUCGGGAAGACGACAAGGCUGGCAGGAAAGAAGGAACCACACGUGGCUCCAGGAUAAUGGACGCGCUACGACCUUCGGGAAGGAAAAGGAAGGGGUCGCUCAGACAAGGCCUCUUGGGAGAGAACAUGCUGCGCCGGGGCCCACACGAGAGCCAAACUACCAACCUCAACAAUACCAACAUGGUGGAGACGACAGCCGGGGAAGAGUCCUACGGCCAUGCGUCGCGCAACUCGCCAUGUGACCGUGGAAGGUCGCCGACAGCUGUGCUAUCAUUCUCUACAUCCACCACGAGGAAACCACUCUACCAAAUUGACGAGCCAAACCCGGACGUGUUAGCAUCAGCUAUUGCCCAUUCAGCGGCGCCCUAUGCAUCGACUACAGACGACGAUGAGACUGUCUCCUUUGAUAACCCCUCAGCCUCGAGCGGAUCCUCAUAUGGCACCAGCUCGCUACAAGCUGCGGAUGCUGGACUGCAUCGUCGGCCGAACCGAGUAAUGCAGCACACGUCACUAAGCACCGUGCACUCGCCGACUGAUUUGACACUAGAAGAAGAAUGGGACUACAGCGAGACGGAGUGGUGGGGCUGGAUCAUCCUCAUAGGAACUUGGAUUGUCUUCGUCGUAGGCAUGGGUUCCUGCCUCGGUGUCUGGACCUGGGCUUGGGAUGUCGGAGAGACGCCGUAUGCGCCGCCCGAGCUGGAAGACGACCCUACACUCCCCAUUACAGGCUAUUAUCCAGCAUUGUUGGUAUGCACUGCGGUUAUGGCAUGGGUAUGGGUCGUCGUAGCCUGGGUCGGCAUGAAGUAUUUCAGACACUCAAAAAUGGUCAGCGACGACGGCUAG